AUGGACAUCACCAAGGUGGGUGUAGCCCAGAAAUUGAAACUGGAGGAGCUUGAAUGUCUCAGGAUGGAGGCAUAUGAGAAUGCUCGGAUUUACAAGGAGAAGACUAAGGCAUUUCAUAAUCACCAUAUUCGGAAGAAAGAUUUUCAAGAAGGUGAUGAAGUCCUCCUCUACAACCCGAGGCUCAGAUUCGUGCCUGGAAAGCUUCGUUCAAGAUGGGAAGGGCCCUUCAAAGUGAAGAAGGUAAAGUCCUAUGUUGUGGUGGAAUUAAUUGAUCCUCAAAGUGAGGCAACCUUCAAGGUGAAUGGCCAUAGAGUGAAGAAGUACCAUGGCUACAAAUUACCAAAGAAAGUGGAGGUGCUCUUACUUGAGGAUGCACCAAAAGGAGAGGAAGCAUGA